AGCAAGGUCACAAAGGUAACAAAACAAAGCCACCAUCCCGCUCGGAGUGAAACGAUAGAAAGAGAAAGAAAGAGGAAAGAUAAUUUUUCCGGGAAAAUUCCAGUGCUGAUCGGAAUCGGAAAUGAGUAGGGUUUGGUUUUUGCUAUUCCUUCUUCUGAUAUCGAAAUGCGAUGAAGUGUGGAGCUCCUAUGCGGGUUCCGCCAGCUCCAUCAUCAACCCUUCCAAGGUCAAACAUGUUUCCUGGAAGCCAAGAGCUUUCGUGUAUGAAGGUUUCCUCACGGAUUUGGAGUGCGACCACUUGAUCUCUAUAGCCAAAUCAGAGCUUAAGAGAUCUGCCGUGGCUGAUAAUCUCUCUGGAGAGAGCACGUUGAGUGAUGUUCGAACAAGCUCUGGCAUGUUCAUUUCCAAGAAUAAGGAUCCUAUUGUUAGUGGAAUAGAAGACAAGAUUUCGUCAUUGACCUUUCUUCCUAAAGAAAAUGGGGAAGAUAUACAAGUAUUGAGAUAUGAGCAUGGACAGAAAUACGACCCGCAUUAUGAUUACUUCACUGAUAAGGUUAACAUUGUUCGGGGUGGACACCGCGUCGUGACUGUUCUCAUGUAUCUCACUAAUGUAACCAAAGGCGGUGAGACAGUGUUCCCUUCUGCUGAGGAAUCUCCACAUCGCAGAAGCUCUGAAACAAGUAUCGAUCUCUCUGAAUGUGCCAAAAAAGGAAUAGCAGUGAAACCGCGUAGAGGGGAUGCACUUCUUUUCUUCAGUCUCCACACAAAUGCUACCCCAGACACUAGCAGUCUCCACGCUGGAUGCCCUGUGAUCGAAGGUGAAAAAUGGUCGGCAACAAAGUGGAUUCACGUAGACUCGUUUGACAAGACGGUGGGAGAUGGAGGGGACUGUUCUGAUCGACAUGUAAGCUGUGAGAGAUGGGCUUCCCUUGGAGAAUGCACUAACAAUCCCGAGUAUAUGAUUGGAUCUUCAGACCUUCUUGGCUAUUGUAGGAAGAGCUGCAAGGCAUGUUAGAAAUUUUACUCAAUGCUUUUCCAGGAUCCUACCACGGCUUUCAGAUUUCAACUACUUCUGCAUCAUCGUAAUGCUGUUCUACCAUCUCAAUCUCCUCACUUCAAAUGGAAGAAUUCACUUCUUAUUUUGUAUGUAUAAGAAGAUAUGACAAAUUCAAAUUAAUUUAUUAUUAUCUUGAUUUUAUAA